GGUUUAUCUCAUCUCAUCACUACUCCCACCCUACGCACCACUCUCCCUCGCAGCAGACCCCUUCCAGACAACACUACCUACCCACCAUGCUCGAAGCACGUCUCAGCCAAGCCGCAGUGCUCAAGAAGGUUCUCGAUGCCGUCCGAGAACUCGUCACAGAUGCAAACUUCGACUGCAGUGAGGAGGGCAUCCGCAUGCAAGCCAUGGACAACUCCCACGUCGCCCUCUCCUCUGUCGAGCUGCGGUGUGAGGGCUUCGACCCGUACCGCUGCGACCGGCCGAUGAGCAUCGGCAUCAGCCUCUCGGCGCUCAACAAGAUCAUCAAGACGGCGGGAAACGAGGACGUCCUGACGAUCAAGAAGGACGACGACGGAGACAGCCUCGGCCUCGUCUUUGAGGGCAGCAAGACUGACCGAGUUGCCGAAUACGACAUGAAGCUCAUGGACAUUGACAGCGAGCACCUGGGUAUCCCCGACACGCAGUACGACGCCGUGGUGCGCAUGUCGUCUGCUGAGUUUGCGCGCAUCACACGUGACCUGGGCAACGUCGGCGAGAGCGUCAAGAUUGAUGUGACCAAGGAGGGCGUCAACUUCUCCUCCGAUGGUGAGAUCGGGAACGCCAAGCUCACGCUCAAGCAGGGCUCCGGCUCGGCCGCUGCCGUCGACGACGACGACGAUGACGAUGAGGACGAGGAAGACAAGAAGGCAAAGAAGAAGAGGAAGACUGCUUCCGGGUCGGCUGCCGGUGGCGAGGACACGGUGCCCGUCCGGAUCCAGCUGCAGCAGUCCGUCAGCCUCACUUUCUCGCUCAAGUACCUGACAAACUUCGCAAAGGCUGCCCCGCUGUGCAAGGAGGUCGCGUUGCACAUGAGCAACGAGGUCCCGCUUCUGUGCGAGUUCGCUUUUGAAAACGGCCACGUCCGCUUCUACCUCGCCCCCAAGCUGUCCGAGGACGACGAGUGAUUUGCCUGACAUCUAUCUAUCUUUUCCGAGACCUUGUACUUUUUGUCAUCAUCCAUCAUCGACUCUCUUCAUGGUAGCCAAUACCACAAUCCAGCUCUC